CGCACGUGCAGGAACCGUGAAUGAAUCAGGCCACAGCUGGCCUUGGCAGUAUUCCUUGUGGUGGUGGAUUGCUCCCAUGGCUCCAGCUAGCGAGUGUCCUCUAGAAGGUUUCCUCUUCAUCCAAGUGUGUGAAAGUUUUCAAGAUGCCCACAAGUGGAAAAUGCACUCCCCCCAGCCAAAUAAAACUUCGCCAGACUCCUAACAGCUGUGUGCAUUGAAAUGACUAAUGAAAGAUCCCUCUGCUGCCUGUGGAACUUUCACACAAGGCAUCGUCACUGCUGCUCACCAGGACCAGGCCCUGAGUAUUUGCAUACUGGACGUCACUCCAAAUGCCCACAACCAGGGUAUUUCCAGGAUGUAAUAAUUUGCGUGGCCUUCGUGGGUGUUGGACUAUGGGUUUUUGGCAACCACUUCCUCACCACAGACAUCCCUGCUGCCAUCAGCCAUCCAAUGAGACUGCGGGUCCUCAACGGCUUCUUCCAGCUUUUGAUAACAUGGGGGAUGAUUUUUGAGAAACUGAGAAUCUGCUCUAUGCCCCAGUUUGUCCGUUUCGUUCAUGAUCUGCUGCCACUAAGGAAGCAUCCGGAUGUGGUGGUCAAGGACCUCCGGUUUGGGACGAUCCCCGUGAAGCUCUACCAGCCCAAGGCAUCCACAAGUGGUCUCAGGCCUGGCAUUGUGUUCUACCACGGCGGCGGGGGCAUCCUAGGGAGCUUGAAAACACACCAUGGCAUAUGCUGUAACUUGUGCAAGAAGAGUGAUGCAGUGGUUCUAGCAGUUGGAUACCGCAUGGUGCCUAAGCAUAGGUUUCCAGUGGUAGUAAAAGAUUGCAUGGUGGGUACAAUCCACUUCUUGAAGUCCUUGAAUACGUAUGGGGUGGAUCCAGCCCGGAUCAUAGUCUGUGGUGACAGUGUGGGCGGGGCCGUGGCAACGAUUCUUUGUCAAAAGUUUGUGGACCGUUCUGAUCUCCCCAAGAUUCGUGCUCAGAUCCUCAUCUAUUCCACUGUCCAGAGCAUGGAUUUCCAGUCCCCUUCCUAUCAGCAGAACAAGAACAUGCCACUGCUCAGCCAGAAUUUGGCCUUCUAUUGUUGGUGUAGUUACUUGGACAUCAGCCCCUCUUGGAGAAGCGCUGCACUGAAAGGCGCCCACUUGCCUGCAGAAGUCUGGGAAAAGUACAGGAAGUGGUUGGGUGCAGAAAACAUCCCAGACAGGUUUAAGAAAAGAGGUUACCUGCCUGUGUCCCGUGAGCCCCUGAAUGAGGCUGCUUAUCUGGAGACAAACAUCAUUCUGGAUGUGAUGAACUCACCCUUGAUUGCAGAUGAUGAAGUAGUGUCUCGGCUCCCUGAAGCUUGCAUCGUGAGCUGUGAGUAUGAUAUACUUCGGGACGAGUCGCUGUUGUACAAGAAGAGGUUGGAGGACCUGGGGGUUAGAGUAACUUGGCACCACAUGGAGGAUGGUUUUCAUGGCGUGUUGACCACCAUUGACAUGAGAUUCUUUUACUUCCCCUGCUCCUCGAGGAUUCUGGAUGCUGUGGCUCAUUUCAUAAAGGGGCUGUGACCAUCUUCCUUCCUGCUGCAGUUGCAAAAGUGUGGAUUCUGCCAUCAUCUGAUUCUCAUUGGGGGUCCCUGUUGUUCAUGUAGGUGAUGCUGGGUAGGGCUGGGGAGAGUGUGGAGGUUACCAUGUCAUCUUACUUCAGGUUCUGGAAUCCUAGAAUGCAUGUCUCUGAUGUCUAAAAGGAGAACAGCAGAAGAGACAGGUUUAGGGGAAGGGUGGGCUCUCUGUCCAUGAUCCAUGAUCACUGUCAGUGAAAAAUCGAGUUGACAUUCUUCAGUGACCAUUUGCAAGAGGGAAUGAGCAAGUAAAGACCAUUCAUGGCCUCCUUGAGGGACAGUUCAGGUUGCCCAGGCUGAUCCAGGCUGUGGGCAACAGGAGUGUCUACUUGUCAGGGCCUUGGAAUAAGCUGGGAGCAUCAUGUGCAAUCUCGUGGGCCUUUUCCAAUCUGGCUCAGAGGGCAGGGGUCCUGAUGUCCUAGUGCUGGGUGGUGGUGCAGAAACUGGUUUCAUCUUCCCCCUCUGGGUACAUGGUGACAUUUUUCCUGCCCUUUCUCUGUCUCUGAGCUCAGAGCCUCAACUGCCUGGACUGGAAGAGUGAAGAUGGAUUGAGUAGGUUUUCCAUGGUAGUUGACACUUAGUGGGAGAUAAAGACAGACUGGAGCUCUUGGAGUCAAAGUCAGGCUUUCAGCCAAGGGCUUGUAAACAGUAUUAUAUGUGCUCAAGGAGCAGAGUCCAGAGGGAAGCUAAGUCCCAAGCUGGAGACCUAUGAAGAUGAAAUCUGAUCAAACUCAACCAUGUCCACAGUGGAAAUCAAAGGAGGGCUCAAAGAACUGAAGAUACGUUAGUGAGAACUAUCACUACUUUAAGAUACAGAACUAGCUCAAACUGGCCUAAAUCAAAGAGAGAAUGUAUUGGCUAAUGUAGCUACAAAUUGCAAGGAUAAAUCAGGCAUGGUUUGAUCCAGGAACGCAAACAGUAUCACCAGCUAUGUUCUCUUUACUAUAGUCCAUGCUUGUGAACCUCACUGUCCCCUCUCUAGAUUUGGCCCUGAGUACCUCCAGGCUUGUCUUUUCCCAUAGUCAAGUUCAUUAUAAUGAACUUACUUAAUUCUCAGCAGUCCCAGCAGAAAUCACACUGUAAUUUGAUGACUUUGUUGGUUUUCUGAGUGGUGUAUCCAGUUGCUAAAACCAAGAAUACGGAAUGCUGUAAGUAACCUGCCCCAAGUCCCAUGCCCUCCUUGGAGUGGAGGGUGGGGUCAACUCCAUCUGGUGCUUGGAUGGGCAUGGGGGAUGGAUGAGUUCUCCCUCACGUCAACACUUACUCUACUGUAGAAGCUCAAAUGAAGCCUGAGUCAAGGUCCUUGGAAGUGGUAAGAGAUGUCAAGGACCACUGGGCAAGUUGACCACUUGCCACUUAGAAAUAAAAAUUCCUUUGAAAGGGAUAGCCAAAGCUCUCAGGCUGACCCCACCUGGUCCUCAAGAGGCUCUGCUCCUGACUGGCCAGUGGCUUUUAUAGGCCAAGAAGCAAAGGACCUGCACAAAGUCUACUGCACAAAGGGCCCCAUGUUUGCCCUUAACUUGCAUUCAGGUGAAUGUUCAAGCUGACACGUGGGGCAGAGAGGAAUCCCACUGGAUGGCUUCUUGGUUCCUUCACAGCAGGAAGACCAGCUUUGUGGGAGACUUAGGAACAACUCACUAACAGCACAUGGCUUGCUGGCCACUCAGCUGUUGGAGAGAAUUAUCCCCUCUGAAACAGGCCUCUGAGCUGACUGCUGGCCUUGGGCCGUAUUGUGGCCUUGGUUCACCCCCAGCUCUGGAGAUAGGUGGAGGGAAGUGAGCCAACCUUCUGGAAAUUUGGGUGAUCAGCUCUUCAAUGGUGGGAUGGUGAGGAGUAGGUGAGCCACAGGGAGAUGGUGCCCAGUGGAGAUAGUGGGUUACCCUUUCACCCACUUGCACUAGGGUAUGGAAGAAUGCUGGGUGGGCUUAUUUCUGAGGCUGCUUCCUUCUGCAGGCUGUGGGAGAGAUGAAGCCCUUUCACCCACAAUGGUUGGUUUGAUCUGGGGACAUGAUACUCCUCUCUUCUCCUUUAUUCUUCCUGGCUGUCCUUCUUGCAACCUGUUCCUGAGGCUCAGGGAAUGGAAAAGGGGUAGGAAUGAAUGUCACUGAGAGUCCGCUGCAUGCUAGGCUCCAUACAGGGCUGUUUAAAUCUGCCACCUCAUUGUGAUGAAAAACAGCUAUGCUGGGUUGCUGCCUAGGCAUUUCACGGUAUGACAGCUCUGCUCACAUCCAGAGUCUGGACAUUGUGAUAAAGACCCGUGCUUAGGAUUCCCACCACAAGUUCCUGCUUCUCCCUGGUCAUCUUUUAGAAUAACCAUUCUAGAGUUGAGCCUGUGAAAAGUUAGUGACCUCCACCCCAACACCUUAGAAGGAAUAGGUGCUUGCUUGCUGUCCUGUUCUUCGUCCCCUGCUCACUUGUGACCUGGAACAGAGGACUGCCUUCGCUGCCCCUGCUCACUGCGCACCCCCACCCCACCCCCAUUUCUGGGAUCUGUAAAUAAUAAAUAUUGUGACUUUA